CUGCAAGCACAACUUCAACUACCCCAACACCCCUGACUUCAGUCACAAGCACGUCUACACACAGCUCAACAACUACGACUUCACCUAUGAGCUUAUCUACAACCACUCUAACUUUACCCACCAGCGCGACUACACAGAGAUCAACAACCACAACUUUAGCCACAAGCUCAUCUAAAACCACUCCAACAACCACAACCUUACCCAUGGGCAUGUCGUCAACCAGCUCAACAAGUUCAACCCUAGCUGAGCCUAUAAAAAUUCCAACGAACACGAUUUCACCCAUCAGCACAUCUCCACACAGCUCAACCACUACAUCUUCCCCCACAAGCAUGUCUUUAACUAGUUCAUCAACCACAACUUUACCCACGAGCACGUCUACAUACAGCUUAACAACCACAACUUCACCUUUUAGCAAUUCUACAAGAAGCUCUACAACCAUGAUUUUAACCCUGAGCACUUCUACAGACCACUCAACAAGCACACCUUCACCCACCAGCACAAAUGCUGUACCUGCAGACGUAACUGCAGUUUUUGUCUUGAUUUUCAGUAUUAAUGAAACCUUUAAUCAAGCACUGGCUGAUACCAACUCUCCACAGUUUGCAACAAAAGCUAAAAAUAUACGUAGUCAGGUUGAACCUUUGUACUCUAAACACUAUAAAAACUUCAAAAGCAUGGACAUUUUACAGUUCAGCAAUGGUUCGACUAAGACAUUAGCCAACCUUAACUUUAAUUCUAAUGGCCCAAAUGUUACUGAAUCUGAUAUAAAAAAAACUCUUUUAGAUGAACUGGUUAACUUGACAUUUCCUGUUAUUCCAAACUCCAUCAAUGCCAUUCAGAUUCUUGGUAAUUCCAUGCCUCCAAUCAUUGCCAGCUCAUUUUCCAUGAUCUGGAUGUCUGUACUCUCACUCCUGCUUUCAUUAUCAUUGCAUUUCUAACUCUAGACCUGAUCAUUAAACAUAUACAAUAAGCGAUGUAUUUAUUAAUAAGAUAAAGGGUCUAUAGGGCAAUAAUUUAUUCUUAUUAGCAGAAGAUAUUUUUAAAUAAGAAAUACAAACAUAUUGAAACGUUAAGCUGGAGAACAAAUGAGGGUCCUGAUUUUCCUGAAAAUUUU